AUGCUUGAUAAUCGAGACAGAUGCUUCCCAUGCCCACAGGGACCUAGAGGCCCACCUGGGCCCGAUGGACCUGAAGGAAUGCCAGGUGUUCCUGGAGUCUUCGGCUACAGAGGCAUGAAAGGAAGAAGUGGUGCGCCAGGACCGCAAGGUCCUCGUGGAGAUGCAGGAAUACCAGGCAAUCCAGGAGUGCCCGGUGUUCCCGGCAGACAUGGAGACACCGCCUAUCGUGGACGCGGCAGGCCCGGCCCACCUGGUUUACCCGGCGUUCGAGGAGACUUCGGCUCGCAGGGACUCCACGGAAUAAAUGGAGCGAUGGGUAUGCCUGGUGCUCCCGGUUUGCCUGGUCGCGCAGGCACGCCAGGUAUGCCGGGCGUGGACGGCAUCCCUGGACAACCUGGUAAUGUGGGAGCCGUCGGAUCAGAUGCACUCUACUGCCCCUGCCCAAAGAGAGACGAAGUUGUGGUCAGAAACGAACUUGUGAUCAGUGCUGUACAAAAAGAUGAGGAAGCUUACGAGAGAGUUCUUCGCCGACGAAAGGCAGCAGCACAUCAUUGA